AUGUUCCUCAAUAUUAAUGCAGGCAAGUCGAAUAAAGCGCCUUCACUCAUGGAAGCUAAAUUCUUCCGCUUUCUCAAAAUUGUCGGUGUCGGUUUCAAAGCUAGGGCUGAAUCUGAAGGCCGUCUCUUGUACCUCAAGCUCGGUUACAGCCAUUUGGUCGAAUUAGCUGUGCCUCCAGCCGUUCGAGUAUUUUGCUUCAAGAACAAUGUGGUUUGCUGCACAGGAAGUCACAAGGAGAGGGUCCACCAAUUUGCAGCUGCUGUACGUAGCUGUAAGCCAUAUGAAGUCUACAGACACAAAGGUAUUAUGUACAUUGAUGAGGUUACAAAGAAGGAGGGAAAAAGGUCAAAGUAUUAA